AUGGGGUGCAAGCAGAGCGUAGCAUUCAAAGAGACUCGAAAGGUUGCGAUCGAACGCCCUUCUCCUCUCUCCUUUUCUUCUUUUUCUGAAACGCCUGAGAAGCACUCGUGUAGACAGGUCACUGUCUCGCAAUCUGAGAAGGACGAACAGAGACAAAGCCUUAACAGAGCAGUUACUUUGCGGGGGAUCUCUACUUCUGAAGGUCUUACAGCCUCAGCUGAGUCCCACGAGCACGAAUCCUCAGCCCCUCCUUCUCUUGAAGCUCGCUCAAAAGCAACAACCGGUACUGCCCGUAGCUGCUUUGUGUCGGCAAAAACUUUUCGAAGAUCAGGUGUGAAUUGUUCUGGAGAACAGAAGUUUUCCGAACAGCCACCAUGCGAAACGGGUGCAUCUCUGUGCAAGUUUCCGAAUUCUCGUAUGUCUGGCUGUGGAACACAGGCAGCAUUUUUUGGAGAAGUGCGGCAUAUGCCAUCAUUUUUGGGAACGGUUCAGAUGCACAACACGGGAGAGCAGUGCCACUCUGAAACACCGGGACCUGAAAAUCAGGCAGAAGAAGGAGGAUGUUGCAUUUCCAGAAUGCAGUCAAACCUCGACACAGACCGUGUGCUGUCACCACAUCAGAAAACAUGCGAAAAUCCGCCGGUGUCCACGAGAAGUCGUGAGGAAGAACCCCAAAAUAGCAAGAAAGAAGGCUGUGUCGCGCGGUUUCAGGUGAAUUGCGCUGAAGUUUCAUGUACCAAUCCUGAUAUCGAUGGCGCUUAUCCUACACAAUCACCAUCAAGGGAAUUGAAAGAAUUUAUAUCCCUUUACUAUUCAGCCAAGCAGAGGCCUGCCGCAGACUCCUGGGCCGUGCGUAAGCCAGGACAGCUUUACAGGGAUUUGAACAGAAAAUAA